AUGGCAUCGGUUGUCGUAUCCAAGCAGCUCUUGAUGGCUAUGGAUCGGUUCGCACUCCAUAUGCAUCAACUGAUUGCAUCGAUCGAAGGGAGUUAUCCUUCUAGCUCUUGCUUGCUAUGGAUCGGCUUGGGUCCUCUUGCUGGAUAUGGAUCGGCUCGGCAUCAAAGGAUGGUAUCCUUCGGAAAUUCCAAUCAGCUGUUGCUGGUCAUGGAUCGGCACGGGCUCCAUAUGCAUCAUUUGUGCAUCGGAUUCGGGAUCUUCUGGUCGAAUCCAAUCAGCAUCUGUGUGCUAUGGUUCGGUGGGGGCUUCCUUAUCCAUGAGGAUAAAGGGAUUGUCGAGGCCAAACAGCUCUUGAUGGCUUUGGAUUGGCUCGGCAUCAAAGGACUUUAUCCUUCGGAGAGUCGAAUCCAAAGAGCUCUUGCUCGCUCAGGCUAUGGAUCGGCGCGGGCUCCUCAUGCAUCAAUUGUGCAUCGGAUUCGAAAUCGUGUGGUCGAAUCCGAUUGGCAGUUGUUUGCUAUGGAUUGGCUCGGAUUUCCUUAUCCAUGGGGAUAA